AUGGCCUCCGUGCCUGCUGCGCCUGUCUCCUCGAGGUCCCGUCUGAGGCCGCACUUAGACCCCACUCCCGCUGCAUUAGCAGCAGGCCCAGCAGCAGCAGCAGCAGCAGCCGCCGCAGCAGCAGCAGCAGAGCGGCGUGAGGCAGCUUUUGAGCUCUCCUCGUCUCGGGCUGCGUUGCAUGCAAGUAGGUUUGAUGAAGAUGACUCUGAGGGGCCCCCUGCUGCUCUCUUCGUGGGGUUGCUGCUGCUGCUGCUGCGCUGCGCUGUCUUGGGGGCUCUCUGUUCUGUACACCCCGCUAUAUUUUCUCCCCUAGAUAUUGGAGGAGCAGCAACUUGGACUGUUGCUGCUGCUACUGUUAUCGCCUACUUCAUUGCUGCAAGGACCGAUCCUGGGGUGCUGCGGUACUGCCCCUCUUUGCUGCUGCCGCCUGAGCAGCAGCAGCUGCUGAAGCGCCGGAGCAGCAGCAACACCGGCAGCAACCGACGGCGGAGCUUGGAGGCAGCAGCAGACGAAAGCUGGGAGAGCAGCAGCAGCAACUACAGCACGGGGGAGGUCUGUUAUUACAUCGGAGGGGAGGCAGUACCAGCAGCAAAGGCAGCAGCAGCAGCAGCAGCACGGGGAAGGCAGCAGCAGCGGUGGAGGCGCCCAUCUCGUGGUAAGGGCCUCACCCGCUUCUUGAGGAGAGACAGAAGGGAGUAUGAAGCCCCGCAUGCGCUUCGCAGCAGCAACCUUAGCAGCAGCAGCAGCAGCAGCAGCAGCAGCAGCAGUGGCGAUGACAGGAGAAGGCGAAACAGCAGCAACAGCAGCAGCAACACCCGCAAUGACUUGUCACCGUUGAGCCCGCCCAGAAGCACACACGCAGUUGCUGCACGUUCAGCUGCUGCUCGCAGCAGUCACCGCAGCAGCAGCAACAGCAGCAGCAGCCGCAACAGCGGCAGCAACGAUAGCCUGGAUCGCUUUUGUGCGGAACAGGCGCACACUGGCCCCCUUGAGUGCAGCAGCAGCAGCAGGAGCAGCAACAGCGAUGCAUACGAGAAGCACCACAGCAGAAACAACAACAGGGGCAGCAGCAGCAGCAACCGCAGCAACAGCAUACGCAUCCCAGUAGCUGCAGCAGCGUCUUGGAAUACCCCGACCUUUGGCUAUGCGCGUGAUGCGCAGACGCAGCAGCAGAAACACCAGCAGGAGCUGCAGCAGCAGGAACAGCAGCAAGAGGAGGAGGAGCAGCAGCAGCAGCAGCACGACUUGCAGCAACAGCCCCGUCUCUUCACAAGGGAGCAGCCGGUCAGCGCCAUGCUGCCACGCAGCUCAAGCGAAGAAGACAUUGAUGGUUUCACCACUGAGAUCUCCUUGAUGCCGCAGCAGCAGCAGCAGCAACAGCAACAGCAGCAGCAACAGCAGGAACUGCAGCAGCAGCAGCAAGUGCAGCAGCAGAGGCAGUGGGAGCAGCAGCUUAACCUCCCCCUACCUGUCGUUUCUCGGGGCGCAGCCUCAGGAGGGCAUGCUAAUAUGGAGCUCAUUCCGAUGCAGGUGCAGCAGCAGCAGCAGCAGCAGCUCUGUGAGCAGCAGCAGGAAGAGCGCGAGCAGCAGCAGCACCUUCCCCUUGCUGCUUCCCUGUGCGGUAUGCCUGGAGACACUUGGGCUGAAGCGGGGCCCCAGCCAGCGUCUCUGCGGCAGGUGUACAUAAGCUGCAACAAAGUGCUGCACUUUGACAGCAGCAGCAGCAGCAGACACCGAAGCAGGCGGAGCUACCGGCCUCCCUUCACAAGACACCCUGCUGCGCACAGCAGCAACAGCAGCAGCAGAGGGAGCAGCAUUGGAGACAACUACACAGACAGCAGCAGCAGCAGCAGAACCAGCAGCCCCAGCGCUCGCAGAGGUUCUGCUGCAGCCGGAAGCAGCGCUCUCCGCGUGAAGCAACCCGCGGCAGCAGCAGCCGCUGCUGCUGCUGCCGCUGCAGCAGCAGCAGCAGCAGACGUGGCGCAGAUGAAGGCUCGAAAGAAACUUAGGGAACAAGAAAAACGCCAGCGACAAGCAGCAGCAGCAGCAGGAGCAGCAGCUGCAGCGCAGAUCGUGGGGCUGCCAGUGAGUGCGCAGGAUGCGAGUGAAGCAGUCACAACUGCAACAGCAGCAGCGACAGCUGCAGCAACUGCAGCAACAACAGCAACAGCAACGGCAGCAAGUUCAAGCGAUGCAGCAGCAGCAACAGCAGCAGCACGGCAACAGCUGCAGCAGCAGCAGCAGAAGGAGCAGGAGCUGGUGGAGCUGAGCCAGGUGCUGCCUCCAGCGUCUUCUAUUGUGCAGAUAUCACCCGCAGCGGCACCUUUAGCAACAGAAGCAACAACAGCAACGACAGCAGCAGCAGCAAGUGCUGCUGUCCCCUUCACCGUGAGGAGGAGACAGUUGUGGCAGUACGGCGUGAGGCUGCGGUUUUGCGAGCGGUGCUGCAUGUAUCAGGUGCGCAGCUGCAGCAGUAGCAGCAGCAGCAGCAGUACAACACCAGCAGCAGCAACAGCAGCAGCAACAGCACCAGUAGCAGCACCAGCAGCAGCAGCAGCAGCAACAGCAUCAAAAGCAGUAGCAGCAAUGUAUGCUCACCUGCAAUUGUCCUUUGCUGCAGCCGCUGAGGACGAAGCACUGCGCAGACUGCGGUGUCUGCAUCCGCACCCAUGA